CUCUAAUAAGAAUUUUAUUCACAACCAUUAUUUUAUUGUUGUGUUGUCUGUCAUUCGCAGUGGUCCGUUCGUGCCACCCAAUAUCUCUCUUUAAGCUUUGUACUGAUUUGUAUUCUGUACGAGAUGAUUUUGAGAUGGUAUCCAUUGUUAGAAUGAGUGAAGAACAUGAUUGUGCCGAACUUUUAUAUUGGUUCGCAGUUUCUGCUCCCACUUACUCUCUUGUUGUACCAGCCGAGGAGUCACAUCGUCGUAACGUCAUGUGUGAGUGUCUUGAUGUGGUCUAUCCGGGUUCCUUAAAAUGUCUCCUUGUGAAUGUUGAGAAGGGCAUUGUGGUCCAUGGAGGUCUUGACUCCAUGUCGUGUCUUACGGAGCAUCUUCAGAAGCUACAAAAAGAGAGUUCAUUGGACUGGCUGCGCUCUUCUGAAAGGGUUUUUAAAAUGCUAUGGCCUGUGUUUCCCGAAGAGCAGGGAAAUCCCUUCCCAGGCAGAGGAUCAUGUCCUAUAACCAACAAAUUGAAUGGUGUAAAACUCGAAUACGGAGAUCAUAUUGAUAAGAUGGUUCAUGAAUCAAAAAUGUUUUCUCCCAUCAAGAUUGGCCAGUCUUUUGAUGUUAUCCCCUUUUUGUCUGGUCAGGAUGAUACGAAUUACCUUCAUCGUAAUGAUGGUGAGACUGAGAGAGUUGAAGUUAAUGAGCAGAUGUUUAGUGGAAAGUACAUUCUGGUAUGUUGUUUUGGUUUGCCUCUCUUCCGCCAAGAGCGUGAAGCACGUGAUGCCCAGGCUAUAGCAACUGCAUGCUCCGAGCUGUAUUCCAUGAGAAGCGACUUUGAGAUGGUAGUAGUUGCAAAGAUGAACCCAUUGGCCAACUCCGAGGGGUUUUUCAAUCAUUUCUUGUCAGGAUUCCCCACUUCAUGUCUGGAAGUUAGGGCAAAUGACCGUCUGUGGUGGAAUGGUGCUCUCCCUCCAUCCAAGCUUGAAGAUCUUUUAGGGUGCAAUCCCUCUGAUGUUCUAUAUAAGACUGUUUCACCAGGCAUCCAUGAGAAGGUGACUAUGUCCGAACUCAGCAGUAAGGUUGUCGGGGUGUACAUGUGCAUUCAAGGACAUUUCAUUCCCACUCUAGGGAAGGUCUAUCAACAAUGCAGAGCUCAAGGGCUAGAUUUUGAAAUAGUGCUGGUCUGUGUACCCUGGAUUGCUGACAGUCUUGACCCGGAGGUUCACAUAGCGAAUAUCGAGAGAGUUUUGCUGGAGUGGAACAUAUCCUGGUGUUGGCUUCCCCCAGCUUUUGGCUGCCCAAACAAGCUCUUCAACAGCUCUGUAAGCAGUCGGGUCAGGCGAUGCAUAGACGAGCACUUUAGAGAUCAGAUCCUCAUCGUGGGACCCCAUGGUACAUUUGUCGAACCUUACGGGGCAGAAAUCAUGAGCUUGUGUGGGACUGAUGCGUAUCCGUUCGGUAGGGAUGGCUUUUUUGAAAUGGAGUUGAAAAAGUUUGAGAAGCUAACGCUGGAGUCGUUGUUGGUAUAUGGGCCAAGGGAUUAUGUUUAUAGAGACAAUAAGAAGGUAGAUGUGAGAGAACUCAGGGGCAAGAAAAUACUUGUUUACCUUGAUAUUCUUGUUGACUAUAAUCUUGCUUUACAAAUGAACUAUUGGCUUUAUGAGAUGAAGCAAUAUUGUGAUCCUGAUGUUGAAGUGGUCCUCGUACGCCGUCAUGGCACUCGCGAAACGGGAGAUGAGGCCGAUUUAAGACUGUCUGGAUUUGCUCCUCUUUGGUAUGUGUGCCCCUUUGAUCCUCAGCACUCGACAUCACUGGAGGAGGAACUAUUCAUAGGGGGUUUGAAGAACAAUGCCGUGGUUGCAUUUGGAACAGACGGCCGCGUUUCUUCACUGGGAGCACUAGGCCGUCUGGUCAUGUUUGGAGCCAAAGGGGUUCGGUUUGAUAGAUCUGAUCUACGCCAAGAUGUCUUCGAGCAUCUGGAACUCCAAGGAAGGAUGAUGUUUGCUGGGCCAGGAUGGGAAGAAUGGUGGAAUUUCGACCCAUUUUAGCGGGUCAUUUUGGAUUCGUUAAACAAUUUGUUUGUUCAAAACUCAGUGUUUUUUUAUUCGAUUUCGGAUAAAAAAUAGGUCAGGUCAUUUUUUGACAAGUUUGGUUAAAACUAAACUCAAAGAUGUGUUUUGAGAGAACUAUUUUCACCAGUUUUUACUUAAAUUAGACUAAUUUAGGAUCUUGACCUAAUCUAUUUAAAAUCAAUAAUUUAUUUGUUUAUAUAGUCAAAUAUCAAAUUUUUCUAGAAUUCAAAUGUCACUUGAUUAGUAUUGUACUUCCUAGUCCUAUCAUUUUGUGGUAAGUACUUUCGAGUCGUAUUGUUUUUUUGAAAUAAACUCUGGAAGCAUUA